UCCUUUGGCGUUCAUAAAAAGACACCGACGACAGAGCGAAGAGAGAGUCAAAUCUCGAAGGCGAAAGUUGAGGGCCAUGGCUCGUGGGCAGCAGAAGAUUCAGUCCCAGCAAAAGAACGCUAAGAAGGCAGCCGAGAAGAAGAAAGGUCAGGGUGCUGACCAGAAGACUGCAGCGAAGGCCGCACUGGUCCACACCUGCCCUGUCUGUCGGACACAGAUGCCUGACCCCAAGACCUUCAAGCAGCAUUUUGAGAGCAAACACCCGAAGUCCCCCAUGCCUUCUGAGCUGGUGGACGUUCAGGCAUAAAGACCUGCGGACCGGACUGGACAUGAACCCGGAUACACAAUGACCACGGACUAAACGUUGAAUCAAGGCGCCUGAAGGAUGUUGAUGACGAACACUGGGACCCGUCAGUAUUCAUGGACAACGGGUUGGGAUGGAGGGAGGUGGUGGAUGUGUGUAUGUGCUGUGUACGUACAUGUGUGUUUGUAAGAGAAAACAGUAACGAAGGGGCAGAAGUACACCAGCACCCCAUUUUAUAUUUAUUACAUACUACUACCUUGCUAUUCCAAAUGGGGAGGGGACCGGAAAGAUUGCCUGCUAACACUGAAUAAAAUUACCUUCUGACUAAUGACUGGGAGAUGGAAAGUAAAAAGUUUUUUUUGAAUGUACGGGGAAGCUCACAGCCGGCUGUACUUGUUAAACACUGUGUCGUCCAGAGGAACAGAUGGCACGGGCCCCCGCUAUAGGUUGCAUCACUCAUCCACAAUGGGCGGGGCACUGCUGUUGGGUUAAAACUGUGUAACUGCAGUCCUUUUAUUCUCACGUGAGCAAAUGGUUUCCAUGACUAAAAUCUGUGUAACUUCAGAAUUGUAAAUGCAGUAAAAUGCAGGACAUUACUUCCUGAAACUUUUUUUUUUUGGAUAUUGAUGAUGACUCUACAGCUGUGCCUCCUCUGUGCUGCUGCUCCACAGGUGUCCACACUCAGUCACACCUCACAACAGUACCUCACGUUACACCACAAGUCUCAUAGCAUGUUUAUUUCCCUCCGUACCCUCGACUUCUGCUCAUUUUCACGUCGCCCUCUCUGGGAAUGUCUCCCAACACAAUCUUGGCAAUAACAUCAUCUUUGUCGUCAGUUAAACUGAGACGAAAACCAAAUGCUAACAUUUCUUUAACUAACAUAAUCUCAUUUACGCUGUUUGUUGUUCAUUGAUGGAAAAAAUUGUAAGUAGCCCCAAAGGACUGAGAAUUCAAGAGGUGUGUUUAGUAACUGCCAAAAUGAUUUAAUCCCUCUUCUUUUUGGUCAUUCAUGUAUUCACUAGCAGGCAACUAAUUUGCUUUGGUGUUUUUUUUCUCUUUUUUUUUUUUUAACC